GAUGUUCUGAACUAUACUCCUUUUCACAAAGCAUUUGCCGCACUGUUGAAGCUGCAGUGCUCCUCAGCUAAUAUAAAGGCUGAAUGCCUCUCGAGAUGUGUUCUACCGCAUGGCGUCGUCUGCUAACUGACAGUAAUUCGCGGUGUACGACGUGCAUGUGCUAACAACCUAAGUUGUCACGUAUCGCUGUUAGGCGUCAUGUAAUAAGCAAGGAUAAAACCUGUGUCCCACCAUUAAUGAGACAGUUGCGCAAGAAUAUUACCAAUCUACGCCUUGUACCGUUGUCAGCGUCGCAAUGACUUCUGGGAUGGAGUGUGGAAUAUCAGCUACACCGCCCUCUUGCUGUGUGAGCCAAACCACCACUUAUUUGCCCAUCACGCGUGUCCAUUUCUCUCCAUGGUUUGAUGUCCGGUCUCAACUAAGUUGAAGUCGACAUGAUCUUUUCUCUUUCCAGGGUCGGCCCUACAUUCGCGUGACCCACGACAUAAACAUAGAGGAAGUACUUAAUAUGUUUACACGAGAGUGGAAGUUCACGCUUCCCCGUAUUGUGCUCGUGAUGAUCUCUAGCCUCACCACCUGGCAAGAUUGGAGCGCCCCACGCCAGCUAGAGAACUUCAAGGAAGGCUUGAUCAAGGCGGCGAAUACGACGGCCAUGUGGAUACUAACAAACGGGAUCAACAUAGGCAUCGCCAAGGAAAUCGGCUCCCGCGUGAACGAUGAACUGGUGCAGAGGCAGAUAAUGAGGUGCCACAAGCACCCGCACACUGACUUCGAGAAACUUCCGCCUCUGUGCCUGCUGGGUAUCGUGCGGGAGGACCUCCUCACUUGCGCCGACAAAUUCGAGGCAAACAAGGAAGGUUCAAUAUACAUAGAAAACAGCGGCAGCCGGCCUGAAGAAAACAAAUAUGACUUGAACCCCGAUCAUACUCACUUUAUUAUUGUUAAAGAUGAUACAGUGAACAAAACCGGGCUGAAUUAUUUCAUGCUAAAGCUGGAACAGCAGCUAUCAAUGACGUCAGACGACGAUAACGAAGCAUCGGCGCUGUACUCGGCCGAAAUACCACUGAUAGCGAUCGUGUGCCAGGGAGGCACUGGGUGCAACAAGAUGGUCUUGGAACACAUCAAGAAACAGCUUCCCGUGCUUGUCAUCCAGGGCAGUGGAGGUGUUGCUGAUCUGCUGGCACUCGCAUACAACGAAAUUGACAGACGUGGCGUAACAAUUUGGGAUCCUGAAUUCAUUGAGAAUGUCCUCAAGCCAGAAAUAAACUCCCACAUAUGCCAGAUGUUCCCGAAGUUUCGAGACAACGCACUUUCAAGGAACUUGUUCAGGGACAAAAUCGUCGAGUGUCUGCGCAUUGCGAGUCAGACUCAAGACCAAAUGUACUUUACGGUCAUUAACAUUCAGCACCACCACAAUAACCUACAGCACCUUGACGACAUUCUCGUGAAAGCCGUAUUUAAAUUGCAGCACCACCAGGCUCACCAAAUUAAAAAGGACCUGCUUCUCACACUCGAUUGGAACUGCCCUCACGUAGCUAUGACAAAGGUCUUUUCAAAGGACUUCGCUCAGCAGUAUCAGAUUGACCGGGAAGACUUCGAGUACGCAUUGCUGAAGCCAAAACGCGAAGAGUUCUUGCACAUUUUUCUCAAUCGAGGAUUUCUAAUUCACAAGUACUUGGACCCUAAAAGACUUCGGCAACUGUUUGCCAAGAUACAGCAUGAAGAGUUCUUUCGGACGGUCUGUUGGGAAGGAGCACUUGGACACAGUCUGCUCUCAAAAAUCGGCAGAAACUUCAUUGAAACAGACUUGAACUGGCUCAUAGAGACAACGACCAGCCUGCGAGACUUUCUCAACCAGGAGGAGCUUUCCGCCAACAGUGCUGUAGGCACAUACGUCAAGGAUGCGGCAUCGGCUGAGCGGAAGGCUCUCGUCAUCCUUUCGCUGUGGGCCGUCUUUACAAACCGUCGCAAGACGGCUGAAGUGCUGUGGAAAAACUGUGACCAGCCAAUCCACUUGGCAUUAUUGGUGUCCAUGACAUACGAGAAGCUCACCGCAUACGUCUCAGAAGGCACCAUCAAACAGGAGCUCCUAGACACGAGCAAACAGUUCGCAGCAAUGGCCUCCGGUGUGCUGAACUUGUGCUACCUGGAGUCUAGGUGCCGUGCCUACGACAUCCUGAGCGUGCAGACGGCGGAUUGGAAAUACAAGACGGCCGUGGACAUCGCUGCCGAGGCGAGCAACCGCCAGUUCCUGUCGCACCCGUGUUGCCAGAAGUGGCUCACCAACCACUUCCUCGGUCGCAUCAGCGUCCGCGAUAGUCAAUGGGGCUUCUUCAGCGUGCCACUGAGUCUGAAGGUUAUUCUCUGCGCAUUCACAUUUUUUCCCAUGUACAUAUGGGUGCGAUUCAAAAGUGACCCGCAUCAAAGGGAAUACGGUGAAGAGGAAGAAUGCGAAAGAGACUACGGCUUCUCCAAAAGCGCUACAGAGAACGUGAAGGGCGACCGGUACGACUCGGGAGCCACAGCGGCGCAGGAAGGCACCUUUAUCCGAAUGAACCCAGGGCUUUACAAGAUGGUGUACCUCAUGUGGAGCGCUCCGAUCACCAAGUUUUGGGUUCAUCAGGCAACCGGGCUUUCAGACGCCGAACUAGUCGCGCGCGUGAUCCCGGUUUCACUGACCGACCAGGCGGCUCGAUGGUUCCGACUGACCGGACACCGAUGCCGCACGGUAGAAGAGUUCCGCGUGAACUUCCGCGAGGAAUUUCUUCCGGCCAAUUACGAGUGGCGUUUGAGGAGAGAGCUGGAGCUUCGUACCCAGCAUCCGGACGAGUCCCUGCUGGAAUAUGUUCGAGCGAUGGAUGAACUGCAUCGUCUCGCGAACCCUCUCGCCACCGAUGAAGAGAAAGUUGAGCGCGUCACACGGCAGGCGCACCCCACUUUCGCGGCCUAUUUCAGAGGGCGCAAAUUUAGAGACCUAGACGAACUCGCCGCCGAGGCGAAGCGCAUCCAGGGAGGCAUUCUCGCGGCGCGAGCAUACCGCCCGCCUCCACCCGCGGCGCUGUCACUCGAGCCUCGCUGCGCGUGGAACGGCGGCGCGAUCACUUCCCACUCGUCUAGAGUCGGCGCGUCGGCAUCUUUCGCGGAGGAGCAGGUCCAGCGUAGUUGGGAGUUAUCAGACCGCGCUUUGGACCCGUACGCCUACGCGCUGAGAACAGCACCGACUAAUGCCGCACUCAGCGCGCCGCGACAGGAACGAGAGGCCGAUGAGAGACUGGAGGAGCGGCACACGCCGAACGCAGUUCAAGGAAGCUACGGCGGGCCGGAGUGGAGCGACGGCCGCCCAGGCCACCGAGGCUUCAGCGGCCGCUGCUACCAAUGCGGCCGACCAGGGCACAUCGCCCACUGCGCGGCAGUGCAAGCGCCUUUGACAAAGCUCUUGAGGAAAGACGAACGGUGGACUUGGGGCCAAGAGCAGGAGGCGGCACUGCGUGGCCUCACGAAGGUGCUCGCUGACACGGCCGAAUUGCAGCUGCCCGAUUUGAAUAGGGAGUUUGUGAUUCAAACAGACGUAAGCGACCUAGGCUUAGGUGCAAUUUUGCUUCAGGAGCACGGAGGCACUCACCGACCGGUUGCGUUCGCGAGUCGUUCGUUGACGCCGGCCGAAAGGAACUAUUCGGUGACAGAGAAGGAGUGCCUCGCGAUAGUUUUCGCUCUGCGAAAGUUCGACUAUUACGUCGAUGGAGUGGCAUUCAAGAUUGAGACUGACCACAUGGCUCUCACUUGGUUGAGGCGCUUGAGCGAGCCGAGUGGCCGCCUGGCGCGUUGGGCACUGCUGCUGCAGCGUUACGACUUCACCGUGCGCUACCGCAAAGGAAAAAGCAAUGCCGCAGCUGACGCACUUUCGCGAGCGCCAGUCCGAGGCGAUGGAGAGGCCCAAGUAAGGGACACGGAACAACCGUCGAUCCUGGGCGAGAGCGUGAACCACGUAGAUGUUGUCGGUUCCGCAGGAGUCGUCUUCAGCAGAGCGGAGCUGUUCGAGGCUCAGCAGAAGGACCUGUUUUGUCGAAAAGUGCUCGACGAGCUCCGGGAGCAGGGUGGCGCGGCCGCCGCACACAUGGAGGCAGCUGGUAUUGCUGUCGGUGCUAAGCGCUCGGGAUCAGCUGGUAAUGCUGUGAGUGCGCUGGAUUCUUAUCUGCUGAAUUCCGACGGCCUCCUGCUGAGGUAUAUUCCCACCGAGGACGACACAAGUGAGCCGUUUAAGGUGGUGAUACCGCGCGCGUUGCGAGGAGCACUGCUACGCUACUUUCACGACUCGUGUAUCGCUGGGCACGCGAGCGGCCCCAAGACUUACGUUAAGUUGUGUCGCCUCGCUACCUGGCCAGGCAUGAAACGGGACGUGAUGCGCUACGCCCGCUCAUGUCAUGUGUGCCAAAGCGUGAAGCCCCGAGGUGGACGACCGCCCGGCCUCAUGCAGCCUAUCGACAGCCAGACUCCCUGGCAAAUCGCGGCGUGUGACGUCAUGGGACCGUAUCCCACCACACCGAGCAGGAACAAAUUCUUGCUUGUAGUCACAGAUCACUUCAGUAAAUGGGUCGAACUUUUCCCCUUGCGAAAACUGACGGCACGAGUGAUCAUGGAUAAGUUGAUAGAGGUAUUCACUAGAUUUGGCUUUCCGGAGCAGUUGAUAACGGACAAUGCGUCCUACUUCACCGCGAAGGUUUUCGUCGACUCGUGCGCUGCACUUGGCAUUAAGCACAAGAAAACGACAACUUACCAUGCUCAGUCGAACCCCACUGAACGGGUCAAUCGCAACAUUAAGCACAUGCUUGUCGCGUUCUCUGAAAGACAUAAGGACUGGGAUACCUACCUUCCGGAGAUCGGGUUUGCAGUGCGAUCGACAGUGAACCGCUCGACUGGGUACGCGCCUUCUUCUCUCAACCUGGGGAGAGAGCUGCCGAAUCCGAUGGAUAGAGUUCUCGCGGAUCGCAGCGGAAUGUCGGUCGCGCCGGCAGCACGAGCUGAAUACGCGACGCACCUACGUGACAAGCUGACGGAAGCUUUACACAAAGCACGCCGUAAUCUUCGCACUGCUAGGGCGCAACAGAAGGCGCAGUACGACCGCUCGCAUCGGAACGUCCGCUACGAAGUGGGCGAUCUGGUGCUUCGACGCCAGCACGUUCUCAGCGAUUCUAGCAAACAGUUCGCUGCCUCGCUGGCGCCGAAGUGGACCGGGCCGUAUCAAGUGCGAGAGAAGGUUUCCUCGCUUGUUUACCGGCUCGAGAGCAUGAAAGGGAAGCCGAUCGGCGGGCCGGUACACGUAUGCGACCUGAAACGCUACGUGCCGCGUGAUGAGCAGUGGGAUGAAGAUCAGACCCUCCCUCAAGCGCGGUCGGGUCGUCGUGGUCAAGGUAAAACGCUGAGCACGAUGAAAGGACAGAAGCUAUCAGACCGAGACUACCACUACUGGAAGCAAAAGGCGCUGGAAUAUAGCAACAACGCUGAUUGUGUGAACGAGAAUACUUUGCAGAAUCACUACGAGAAGCUCACACUCAUCUUAGAAGACAUUGACUACCAACGCACCGUGCUCGAUCAACUUCAAGGCCAAGUUCAGGAGGUUCAGCGGAAAAUCUCUCUCUCUAUCAUCCACCUCGAAACGCUGAAACAAGUUUCCCUGAGAUCUGAUCCGACGAUGCUGACUACUUCGAUGCCUGCACAAGCAGCCAUGCACUACAUAUCGCGCCAGUCUCCUUAUCCUGGGACGAAGAUACAGCGCUUCCCAGUGCCAGACAAGUUCCUUCCCUGGGAAGUCAUGUGGCUAGAUUACGAUCCUGUCACUUACACAAGGCCUCGGUCGCAGUUUCCGGGACCACUACAAAUCUACGUGGAUGAGGACAUACUGAUGUUGAGCACGGGUGAGCACGUCCAAAGUUUGCCAUCGCUCAAGUGGAACUGCCUUUCGAUGUCCCCUGCUGGCAUUAGCACUGACAGAAGAUCCUGGAUUGUAGACACCGAUGGCACGAAUAUUGUCUACAUCUUGGAGAGUGAGGGAGUUCCACGCAAUCCCGCAGGAAGAACUGGCCUAAAAGGAAAAGGCGCCCUUCCACGUUGGGGACCCAACCAUUACGUCCUCUUCAUCAUUAGCAGGUAUCAGAAGUCGCGAUCAGCUUUACUGCAAGGGAGAGGUUUGGAAAUUGCCCUUAUGAAAAUUUAUCGAACCGACCAGUUUGUUUUGCCUGGGGAUUUCGUACCGGGAGAGCAGAAAUACGAAGGAGUUAUGCGCGUGUGCUUCAAGAUUCCAGAUGGCAUGCCAAUGACAACUGCGGAACACGUCAAAGGCUUUUUCUCCGCGCGCCUCAGCGGGAACGCCGACAUGAGCGACUCGAGCCAGGUUAUGGAAUGCUCAAUAGCCCGUCGGGGUUACAUGGAUGACCCAAUGAACACGGAUAACUGUUGGAGGGAAGUUGAGCUCUGGAAGAUCCACUACUGUGUGAAAGAGAAGCUGACAGAAAAGUUUCAGCCCAAUGUUGUAUGGAGGCUGGUGACAGAUGAUUUAUUCCUCAAGCUUCCUUCUGGCCACAGCAACCUUCUUAAUGAAGUGUGGAACUUCCAGGGCACGCUUACAAUAUAGUGCGAAUUGUGUUCAAAAUAAUAUACUAUUUUUAACUACUAGGCGUACACAAGAGCUCAGUUCAAAAUAACUAAUUAUAGAGGCUUCUCGUUAAGUCUACACUGCAAUAAGAACUUGUGAAAUACAACAUGUCACCUAACGUGGUUGGUUUCCAAGCGGCCACAAACUUGUCUUCCAGUGUUUUCACCGCCCAUGAAUUAUGUACUUUUAUGUAACGUAUUUUGUCACUUUACUGAAACAGCUAAUUUGCCCACACUUCUGUUUACUUUCGUUUAUUUUUUACCCAAUGAUGCGACAUCGAAUGAAUCAAUAACAAGAAGAAGCACUUCUUGGCAUCGGGAAAAAUUGAAAGCGAAAAUAAAACUACCUAUAAAAAGUUUACUUGUGCUUCGAUCGCAGUUUGGGCUUUCAUCAAUAUAUAGUUGGUGCUGUCAGAUAAAUAUUGA